CUUAAACAAAACAAUUUUUUACAAAUUAUACAAAUAAUGAAAAUGAGAAGAACAAACAAAUAGAGAAAAGUGGAAGAAAGCAAGAGAAAAGAAAGAAGUUUCUAUUGCAUCUCCCGAAAGAGAUAGAUGUCUAUAUAAAAGAGGAUGAACGCCGAUGUAAAGACACAGAGCACGAUAUAUCGCCCGGCAAGUUGUGGCUUGAAAAUCGCGGGUGACCUGCGCCCCACUAAAAUCAAUCAAUGAGCGUCGACAGCGCGACUACGUCGUGCAGCGAUCGCGUUGUCGUCGUCGGUACCGCCGCUUGGUCCGGCUUAAUUCGUAGAAGCUUGGACACGAUCUCCCGCGGCGCCGAGCCGCUCCUACUAUUCGUCGACGCGAGUCAUGUAAGUACGCGUGGUGACGAGAUGCCGUCAGGUCGCGAGGAUAUGGAACUCUGCACCGACAAGGUCCUCUCCAAGGGCAGGAUCUUACAGGAGCUCACAAAAGCUGUCAAACUGGUUUAUGCCCAAAGUCUCUAUGGUACUGUGGUCUUGGAUGGUGAUUCCUGGUUGGUUUAUUGGCUGGACCGAGCAUUGCGUCAUGGAUUGCGUGUAGAAAGGCAUGGAUAUUGGGGCACUGCUAGAGAACUUAGUCAUCAGGAUACUGUUGUGGUCAUUCAUGCAUUGCAGAGUGUAUUAACUUCCAUUGGAAAAGGUCGAGCAUGGCUUUAUCACACUCUAAGUGAGGGCAGUUUUGAGAGCUAUCUUGGUUGUUUAUUGCGAGAUACUAAGACGUUAAAAAAACAAUAUUUUUCACAUGCACUCGUGAGAGAUGCUGAUAAAACCAACCAAUUGGUAAAUCUUCUUGCCGGUCUGGAAAAUGUGUCCUUCACAUUGCAGUUGGAUGUGACAUAUUUAGAUACUUGCAACUACAUGCCACAGAGGCCUAUGAGCAUAAAUCCAUCAGGAACGGUCUUAUCGUUGCAUCUAAGAUCUUCUAGUAUUUCAUCAAGUCUAGCUUCUCCAGGAGACAGUGGGGUUGCAUUUGACAGUGAUAUGGAUCUUGCAAACGAAACUGAUGGAAGCAGUUACAAAGAGGAGGACUACUCGAUGGAUGAUAUUCCUAAAUGUCGGAAUAAUAGAUACAAGACAAUUAUUAACAACCGUAUGGAAGACAAUAAGAAUUUUGGAUCUAGCGAUUCCAGCGAAGAUGGUAAAACGCCAAUGCAAUCACCAGCGAUUACUAAAUUCCAAACUGUCAUGAUGACAAAAAAUGAUAUAGUUAACCAGAACGUAACGCGAAAACUAGAUGAUAAUGAAAUGGAUUGCUCUAGUUUGGAGACUCUUAAAGACUAUGAUUUUUACAGUAGAAGUCUUGACGAUGCAAAAUCGGAAAAAACGAAUAAAAUUGAUAACGGUAUAAAGGACUUUAGCAAAAGGAACACUUAUUAUAACGAUAGUCCCGCUUACAGUUUUAAGAAGAACAUAGAUCCUCGUAAUUCUUAUCUAAUCAAUAAUGAUACAAAUCUGUUGGAGUUGAGCAUGACAAUCUCCGACUGUGAUAACAUGGAUGCUCCUUACGGCAUUCUGAACACAAUCAACAUGACCGAUACUAGCAUUCUAUCUUGCUCCAGUUCGGAGGCUAUAGUACAACGUAGACAGCGUAAGAAAAAGCGCGGUGAAAGUAAGAAGCGAGUCAGCUUCCAUGAAGACAUAUUGAAAACAAUGAAAUUAGAGGAUGACGAGAACUAUGCUGAUUUCUCCAUGAGUUUCCUGUUGCCCAGUUCUGUUCUAAAAAGAGAUGCUCAAAAGGGUAGAUAUAGUUGGUGCGCACACGGAGAUUCACCGUAUAUGCAGAAGAAUGUUAAUGCCGAUAGGAAUGUGCACUCGGACUGUUAUUCAUUUUCAUCAUCGUCGUCAAGCGUGUUCGACAGCGAUGGAACUGACAAGCAAGCAUCAUCGAAGCUGUGUAUCGACAUGCCAUGUCAACGCAACUGUAGGUGCAGUUGCGGUUUAUCGUUAUUGGAGCGUGGAGCGCCAGAAGGUCAGGAAGAUCCGGCUAAGAGUUUAAGGCCUAAAAUGGAAAUAGAAUUGGAAGAGAACGAGGCCCAGGAAGCUUACAUCGUCGAAAAGGCGUAUGGUAAUAUCAUUGAGGAUCCACCAUCCAAGGUGGAAAUGCCACAGAUGAUAAAUCCGAAGAAAUAUGUUAAUUCGAAUGAUUGGUCGGACGCGGAGAGUGUGACAACAUCUGAUCUAGAGGAUCGUAAAAGUAGUAGACAUUUAGUUUCACCAUCGAAGAAGCGCAAUAUAACAGCGAUAUUAACGGGCGAAAGCAGCAGCAAACUCUUGGCGCCGCCUCUGCGUCAGGCUCCAUCGAAAACAUCAUUGUUGAGUAGAUUUUUAAAAUCGAUCACCGAGAGAAAGUUCGAAAUCAAGAAGAGCAAGAAACCGCCUAAGGCAAAUACUUUAUACAUUAAAGGAAUUAAAACGAGCUACGACUCUUUCAAAGAUUUUAACGACAAUCUUGAUAAAGAGAUCCAAGAAAAUGUGGCCGCUGAAAAACAGGAAUUCAGUGGCGAGAAAGUAAGCCUAAAAUUACGCGAAAUUUUCAAAAGACAUAUCUAUCGCGACAAAACGGAAGAAUUAUAUAAAGUAUACAAAGUGCGAAGUUCGUACAUGACGAACGGCGAAAGUAAGCCGAUGAUCGCACUAUUGACGGACAAAACACUAUAUUUAACCGGUUCAAAACUAGAUCAUUCUUAUAGCAAUCAAUUUGUUAUUCCUUACAAUGAAUUAGAUGUUAUCAUGAUUGGACCUAAUGCACAAAGUAUUUUGAUUUCCAAUGCCGAUUGUGAAAUGCAGUAUCUAUUCUCCACUGGCAGCUCGCAAACUACCUCAGAAUUAAUCGGUCACUUAGAGAUGGCCAUGAGACGGUCACCGUCGAAACCGAGACUUCCUGCUGUUAAAGAACUGAAUUAUGAAGAUAUGCACAUUCUGAGGAAUUCAAUUCUUAAUGAUACAGCUGUACAUCCUGAUGAGAAAAUCGAACAUUAUAGCCUUAUUUAUAUGGAAGACGAACAUAUGUCACCACCUAGUACACCAUGUGGGCCAACAAAAGAGGGUGAUCUGAUGUUUCGUCCACAUACCUAUCAACACUUGCAUCCGAACGCACCUACGAAUCCCUGGGAAGCUGGUUAUUUCGUAUUAAAGGGUGGAGUCGUUUACAUGUUUACGGAUUCAAGUCAACGGCUUCCCAAACGUGCUAUACCGUUGAAAGGCGGCUUGUGCCAAGGAUGUAGAAGAAUUCCCAACUCUCAUCGACCACAUACUUUCGAGAUACUAUUGAAACCCAACAAAUCAUACCAAUUCGCUGCUCCCGACGAAUAUGUAGCUUCUGAAUGGCUACAAAGUUUUGUUCAAAGUGCAUCGGGUCUAUUCGAUUGUACAGAAAAUAGAGAGCCAUUACCUUGUAGCCUCAUCACAACUACGAAACAUCUAGUAGCGAUGAAGGAAAUCCACCCUGGCACGCAAAGAGGUCAAACGCUCUCUUGCGCUUCCAUCAAGGAUUUAGCAGCAUUUAGAGUGCCAUUAGUACAACAAUCAUGGUGCAUAUUGGAAUUCGCAUGUCGAGAAGUACAUGAAAGUAGCGGUGAUUGGAUCAUAUACUUCACGAAUUAUACUGAGCUCUGUGCGUUUAAAGAAGUUUUGGAAACAUUAUGGGCGAAUGCAAACUUGGGUGAGUUUCCCAUGACAACACUUCCACCAGAAGAUAAACUACAGCGGCGUUGUUCGGAUACCAGCAGGGAUUUAGAACAUGCUUGGCGAUAUCUGUUACCACCAGUUUUGGAGUAAAUGAAAAAUAUACAGACAAUAUACACCAUCACAUUUGAAAAUUAUUUUAUCAUAUCGCUGUAAGAAAAAUAGAACUCUCGCGCACGCGAAUAUCCAGGUAACUAUAUCUGAAAACUAAAACAUUAAUGUCGUAUAUAUGGAGGAUAUGUCGCUUAUGCAACAUAAUCUAAAUUUCUUUUGCUUUUGUUGCAAAUUAAAUGCCGUAUUUGUCAUAUAAAACAAGAAGUUAUUUUAUGGCUUAUAGAUAGAAAAAUGGAUGUCCUAAUUCGGGUAUAUGAUAUCUGAUAAUGUUAUAAUUUUUAAUUUCAAGAUAUAUCAAUAUAUACGCAAUAUUUUCACUAUAUUGCGAUGUUGAGAGAGAGAUUGAUCAUUAGAGAGAAAUCUUUACAUAUAAGAUAUAUAAGUUGCCUCAAAUAUAUAGAUAACUAUUUAGGGUAGCUGCAAAACAGUGCAUUAACUUUCUCCUGUAGCCAUAAGCCACAUAAUAAGCUACUAUUUAUUUAUAAUAACGCAAAGAAUGUAAUAUAACGAUAACUGUGAGACAACACUAUUGAUUACUAUGAAUGUCUAUAUAUUCACAUAUAUUGAGAAGACGAACCAAUAUGCAUUUGAAUACGCACUAUUGAUAUUAAAGUAGUUAUCUAUUGUCAGAGAUACUAUAAAAUUUAAGAAUACUUAAAGAGCAGCUUUGACAAAAAAAUAGUAU